GGCGAAUCGAAAGUGCACCUUGUAAGAAUAGUAGAGGAACAUCAUCUGGAAAAAUGAAAAACGUAGCCUAUUUCAUGGCCCUGAUACUGGGAUGUUACGGUAUCGAGUUCCGUGGAUACAACUACCCGAAACCAAGCUGUCCCUUGCAACCUCCAGUAACUUAUACUGAAACUGCGACGCAAACUGUUGUCUUCAGCACCGAGAACACCGUUUUCCAAACAGUAGUUCAAACUAGCACCGUAGCUGUUCCAACCUACAUCACAACAACGGAUUACGAAAUCCAAACAAGCACCGUCUACAUUACGCCUAGUCCGGUUACCCAAUACUCAACAGUUAUUAACACCGUAACGGCCUGCGUCCAAGAAAAGGAACAGGAUUCAGCCAUUUUGAACCAAUAUCUACCCCCAAUAUCGACGCCACCCCCAGUUCUAACGGAAGAAGGUUCCCACGCGGAAGUAGACCGCACCUAUCUGCCACCGGAUACAUCUGGCAGGUCUUCCGCAACGAACGACAUCAACGAUGGCAAUGUGCUAAACCUGAGCGCCAGCGACAGUGAUGGAAAUUUGGUGGUUCUGAGGAGAAGUGCUAUCAAAUCAACACCGAACGAUGCGAGGCGAGCCCGAUAUUUGCUGAAUCUGGGAGCGCUGCCUCCGCUGGCUUGAAAGCCUGCUCGACUAGUUGAAUAAACUGGUAUAAAGU